AUGGCUUCGAAUCAGAAGGUUCGCCGCAUUGUCCUUACGGGCGCUGUCACGGUCAUUACGAUUGCUGGUUCGCUUUAUGGCGCUGGCAUUAAGACCGGGCAACAGGUUACUCAGCAAGCCCAAAAAACCCAAGAAGUUACCAUUGACGACCGAAUCGACGGCCUCCGAAGCAUGCGACAGAAUCUGGUAUCGAAGAAGGAGCUCGUCGAGAAGCAGCUCCGCGACUUGGACGUGAAGAUCGAGGAAAGGAAGCUGAAGAAUAUGGAUGGGCCGAAGAGGGAGCCACCGAAUUAUAAGUAA